UAAUCUGAGAAUGUGCAGUAAAAGCCUCUGUUCAGCAGAAUCCAUAUUAGACAUGAAGGAGCGGUGCUUUGUGCGGUGUUACUGGCGGACAUCUGUCACCGUGUCCACCUCUCCCCUCCAGUGGAACAGCCCAGGACCGGCGGACCGUCCUCCUGGCUGAUCCCAGGCCUGUUCAUCUGCUUCCAUGCAGGCGGACGUGCGUCGCAUAUGCUCCAGCAGCUCCACCAAUAAACCUAAAGCGCUCCCACCUCCAGCCUCCUUCCACCACCUCCACGCAAGCUCUUUCUUUUUUUUUUUUUUUGCUCCUCUUUUUUUUUUUUUUUUUUUUACAAACAUGUUUGCCUUUGUGAGCUAUAUCGGGCCUGUGAGUGUUAUUUUAGCCGGCGUUAAUCAGGAUGUGGAUGCGUAAUUGCGCUAUGCUUCCGCGCUACACUGUGUGUUUUUUUAUUCUCCAAGACGAACGGGAGACCUCCGCCAUCGGUGCAAAUUGAGAUGUGUUUUCCGAGCCGCUUGUCUACCGAACGGAUGCUUUCCGUGAUGGUGAAUAAACCCAAAGACGCGGCUCGGAUCCGUGGAACAGACGACGACGACACGGAUGCGUUUUAACCGGGACACAUGUGAGAUGAAGGAUAAGAAGAAAAGGAAGAAAUAUUAAAGGCUUUUUUUUGUUUGUUUGUUUGUUUGUUUUUUUUAGUUGAUUUGUGGUUUGGAUCGCCGCGCUUUGGGGAUGGAUACGAGUGGAUUUAUUCCUGAGUGAUUUUUUUAAAAAUAUAAAUAUAUACACUCAAGGGGCAGCGGUGGGAUUUGUGUUGGUUUUGUGUUGGGAUACAGCCCACAGUCGGAGUGCGGCUGAAUUGAUGUGGGAAUACGCACGGCCGCGGCUGCAUCCAUGGCAAACACAAGCGCGUUCGGGGAAAGCAGCCCGUCCUUCCACAACUAUGCGUCCACGGCCUCUGCGGUCAAGCUGGCCUCCCUGGGGCUGAUCAUGGCCAUCAGUCUGCUGGGGAACGCGGCUCUGUCCCUGCUGCUGCUUAAGGACAGCUCCCUGCACAAGGCUCCGUACUAUUUCCUCUUGGACCUGUGCGCGGCGGACGUGGUGCGCUCCGCCGUGUGCUUCCCCUUCGUCAUGGCAUCCAUCGGCGGCGGCUCUUCGUGGCCCUACAGUGCGCUCAGCUGCAAGAUCGUCGCCUUCAUGUCGGUGCUUUUCUGCUUCCACGUCGCCUUUCUGCUCUUCUGCGUCAGCGUCACCCGUUACAUGGCCAUUGCGCACCACCGCUUUUACUCGAAGCGGAUGAAUCUGUGUACGUGCGUGGCGGUCAUAUGCAUGGUGUGGACUCUUUCCGUGGCCAUGGCGUUCCCACCGGUGUUCGACGUGGGUACCUAUAAGUUCAUCCGUGAGGAGGAGCAGUGCAUUUUCGAGCACCGCUACGUCAAAGCCAACGACACCCUGGGUUUCAUGCUGAUGCUGGCCGUGAUCGUGGGCACGACGCAUGUGGUUUACAUUAAGAUGCUGUGUUUCGUGUACGAUCACCGCAAAAUGAAGCCGGCCCAGCUGGUUCCGGCCAUCAGCCAGAAUUGGACCUUCCACGGGCCGGGAGCCACCGGGCAGGCCGCCGCCAAUUGGAUCGCCGGGUUCGGACGCGGACCCACGCCGCCGACGCUGGUGGGCAUCCGGCAGGCCACGCACCCCGGCAACAGGAGGCUGCUGGUCCUGGAUGAGUUCAAGAUGGAGAAACGGAUCGGGAAGAUGUACUACAUGAUCACUCUGACCUUCCUCAUCCUGUGGGCACCGUACAUAUGCGCCUGUUACGUGCGGAUCUUCGUGCGUGGGGCCCCAGUGCCGCAGCUCUACCUGACGGCCGCGGUGUGGAUGAGUUUUGCGCAGGCUGGAGCCAACCCUAUCGUCAGUUUCCUGUUCAAUAAGGAGCUCCGGAUGCGCCUCAGAGCCUGUUUCCCCUGCUGCUUGGGGACCCAGACCCCCAUGGAGCCAUACUGUGCCAUCUGAGCGCCCCCCCACAAUCCCCCACUCCCACACUGCCAAAGACACAGGCGUCCUGAUCCAGAAUGUACACACACACA